GAGCCCAUUCAACUGCGAAAGCGACCAGGCCAUCCUCGAGUACGGCACACCGGCUGCACAGCUGGCAGGGGCUUAUCUUCUCGUGGUCCUGGGAACAGAGCGUCCAGAUUGGUGUGCCAACAAAAGCUUCAGUCAGCUCCAUGAGUGCGAAGGCCAGUUCACGCACACCUGGUUGAAUGUUCGCUUGGAGCUCUUCAAGCAUGGCUCCUUCAGGUACCACUUCUCCUGCCAGAUGCCGGGGUACUACGAGUUCACAGAGGCGCCAUUCAUGGAUGGUACCCCGCACCCUCAUUUGUAG